CUUCCUUCAAACGUCUCUUCCUUCGUCACUAUGGCUGCCUCUUUUGCAACUCUUCAAGUGCUUUUCUUAGUAUGGUUCCUUCCUGCUACCUUCAGUUUAAGCGUCUUCUUCUUCAAAGCAGAGUCAAUCUCAAAUAUCUCUUGCAAUGAAAAAGACAAGCAAGCCCUUCUAACCCUCAAACGUGGUCUCACUGAUCAUGAACACGUCCUGUUGUCCUGGUCUGACCAUAAAGAUUGCUGUAUAUGGGACGGAGUUUUCUGCGACAUUAAAACUGGUCGAGUCUCUGAGCUCCACCUCAAUAAUUUGAGGUUAGGCGGUGAGAUUAGUGGUUCGUUGCUCCAAUUAGAACAAUUGAACUACUUGUAUUUGAGUUACAAUGACUUUAAUUGUACUCCGAUCCCAACUUUCCUUGGUUCAAUGCUUAGUCUCAUAGUUCUUGACCUCUCAGACGCUAACUUCUGUGGACUCAUUCCACAUCAGCUUGGGAACCUUUCAAGCCUUCGCUAUCUGUCUCUUGGAAAUAAUUCUGGCCUCUAUGUAGAUAACCUUCAUUGGAUGUCUGGUCUCUCUGCCAUUCGAUACCUUGACCUGAGCUCAGCUGACCUUCACAGAGAAGUUGAUUGGCUUCAAAUAAUGAGUAAGUUCCCAUCUCUUUUGGAUCUAUACUUGGCUGAUUGUCAGCUUGAUAGCCUAAAUCCGUCUCUUGGAUUUGUCAAUUUCACGUCUCUUCGUUUCCUUUAUCUUCUUGGAAAUCAUUUCAAUCAUGAGAUACCUAAUUGGUUCUCUAAUCUCAGUACAACCCUCUUAAGGCUUGACCUGACCUACAAUUCUUUGAAAGGCGAUAUACCGCCUAGCAUCUUCAAUUUAGAGAAAUUGGAAUAUCUAUCCUUGUUUUCCAAUAAGCUAACUGAACAAAUUCCAGAGCCGUUAGGCCAACUUAAGCAUCUAACGUAUCUUGAUCUUGGACAUAAUUCUUUAAAUGGUCCUAUACCUUCUUCCAUUGGGAAUUUAUCUCGUAUAAUAACAUUAUACCUCGACCAAAAUCAGUUGAAUGGCACCAUUCCAAAGAGUCUUGGGCUUCUCUCUAAGUUAGAGGUGUUGUAUGUUGGAAAAAAUUCUUUAACAGGUACCAUAGAUGAAGGGCAUUUUAGAAAACUCUCAAAAUUAAAGAAGCUCUAUAUGUCCGAAGCAAGUUUGUUCUUUAAUGUCAAUUCCAAUUGGGUUCCCCCCUUCCAACUUAACUAUGCCUCCAUGAGCUCAAUCAAGAUAGGUCCUAAUUUUCCUUCGUGGCUACAAUCACAAAGAUCCCUCAGUUUUUUAGAUAUGUCCAUGUCAGGAAUUUCAGGCAAAGCUCCAAGUUGGUUUUGGAAUUGGACUUUAAACAUUACAGGUAUCAAUCUCUCUAACAACCACAUAGAAUGUGAUGUAUCAGACAUUUUUCUGAGUUCUACUGUCAAAGUGCUCAAUAUAGCUAACAACUCAUUUUAUGGACCCAUUUCUACUUUCUUAUGCCAAAAGAAAAUUAGAAACAAUAAAUUGGAGGUUUUAGAUGCAUCAAACAAUCUCUUAGUAGGAGAACUUUCUCACUGCUGGAAGUAUUGGCAGUCUUUGAUCCAUUUAAGCUUAGGGAGCAAUAAUCUACUAGGUAGAAUUCCCUACUCCAUGGGGGCUUUAGUUAACCUCCAAUCACUGCGUUUACAAAACAAUAGCAUCUAUGGAGAUAUUCCUUCAUCGUUGAAAAAAUGCUCAAAUCUGAGGCUCAUUGAUAUGGGUGAUAAUCAUCUAUCCAUCAUACCACUAUGGAUUGGAGAAAUGAAAAAUCUUUUAAUUCUCCGUCUAAGAUCAAGUGAAUUCAAGGGUUGUAUACCUCGACAAAUAUGCCAACUUUCUUCUCUUAGAGUAUUAGAUCUUGCCAAUAAUAGCCUAUCAGGAUCCAUACCAAACUGCUUGAAAAAUAUUAGCUCCAUGGCAUUACCAAAUUCCUAUGAUAUUUCAUUUUCUUAUUUUAUGUCUUUUAUAGAAUCACUUAUAUAUGUUGAUAAUGUUCAGUUGGUUCCCAAAGGGAAAGAAAUGGAAUACAAAGAGAAUGUUAAACUAGUUAGGCUCAUAGACCUUUCAAGUAACAACUUAUCCGGAUCAAUCCCUACUGAAAUUUCAGAUCUUUCCGAAUUACGUUUUUUGAAUUUGUCUCGAAAUCAUUUGAUGGGAAAGAUACCAGAAAAAAUUGGGAGUAUGAAAGAGUUAGAGUCAGUUGAUCUCUCACGAAAUCAUUUAUCAGGUGAAAUUCCUCCAAGCAUGUCUAAUUUGACAUUUCUUAGUCUCUUGGACUUGUCAUACAAUAACUUCUCAGGUAGAAUUCCUUCAAGCACCCAGCUUCAAUCAUUUGAUGCCCUUAGGUACAUUGGAAAUCCUCAGUUAUGUGGUGAUCCUCUUCCAAAAAGCUGCACAAUUGAGGAACAAUCUUUGAAUAGAUCACCAAUUGGUAGUGUUGAAGAUGAUUCUAAAAACUCUAGCUUCUACAUUGGUAUGGGAGUUGGAUUCACAAUUGGCUUUUGGGCAAUUUGUGGAGCUCUCUUCUUUAAUAGGACUUGGAGGCAUGCUUAUUUUAGAUUUGCCGAUGAAGUAAAAGAUUGGAUUUAUGUGACUACAAUGAUAAAGAUGAAUUUAUUGGAAAAGCUAAGAGCCUACCUUAGUAAGUGAGGCAUCGUUAUCUGGCCAAAAGGCUAUGAAAACUCUUGCAAUCCAUGACAAUUACAGUUAGAAGCAGACAUAAAUAAAUUGUUUCUAUAUACCAGGGAUGUUGAUGAGGCAAAAGCAGAAGAGAAAUGGCUUGUAAAGCCUCUCUUGCUGAUCAAUAGAAGUAGGUCCAAGAAAACAUUCAUGCUCAGAUUAAAAGUUUCUCCACGUAUAGAUGAAAUUCUUCUGCCUCAUACUAAAAUAAUAGGUGAGGCACAAGAACUGCCUCCAAACCAAUAGCUGCUCCUUGUCAGAGUGGCCUUGAUUUUGCUGUUGGCAGGAAUGGCCAACCUACUAAUCGUCCUGAUGCACAAUAUCAAAGAAGCUAAAAGUUGGAUGGAAGUCAGGCAAUCAUUAAAAUCAAGUUAUGUUAGACUUGAACAUCUAGCUACAAUUGUUUGGAAAGGAAUGCUGAUGAGGUAAAUGCAGAGAUCAUAGAAUGGCUAGUAAAGCCUCUAUUGUUGAUCAACAGAGCCAACUCCAAGAAAAUGUCCAUGCUCAGAUUAAAAGUUUCUCCAUGACUAUGGAUGAAAUUCUUAUUCUUGAUAGUAGAAGGAUAAGUGAUGCAUAUGAAUUGCCUUAACAACCAAUAGCUACUCCUCAUUGGAGUGGCCUUGGUUUUGCUAUUCGCAAGAAUGGCCAACCUACUGACUGUCCUGGACCUCAUUGUUACAAGCUUGAUAUUAAGCCAUCUCAAAUGCCACAAAAGGAAGCCAGGCGCUAGCCAAGGAUUAUAUUUAGAUGGUUAAAGUGAAACUGAUGUUGGUGCUAUCAUGGCCUUCUAGCCAAGUGUAGUAUACUCUACCAGCAUGCUAUAGAUUACAUUCCUAGAUACCCAAGUUGAUGUGCAAAACAUAUAUAAGAUAACAAGGUAUGAUGGAAUUGUGAUCAAUGCCCAACAUUGGGGUUUUGGUGGCUACUAGGGUACUUCAUAAUGAAGAAGCACUGUUAGACUACAGAAUGAGCAACUUAAAGCGAUGACACAUGAUAUGCUCCAAUGUAUGAAGAGGACCAAAGGAGAUGGAGCUUCGUGUAUGUUGAUUAGCAAUAAUUUUAUUCCACACCUUCUCACACUGGUGUACUUUUUCCAUGUUUAUUAGUUAGCAAUCAUAUUUUUCAUUUAAUUGUUUUGAAGCUGCAAUCGCCAAUCUUUGUAAAUUACAUAGUUAUGGCAUCUAGAUGAAGAUUGUACU